CCGCUAGCCAAAAGUACCGUGAGCUUCCGACCACAACAAAAAUUGCAUUCACCUCCUGCAACGUGGGCUGUGCCGUGGAUCAGCACUCGCAGCUGGUUCAAUUUACAGACCGCAAUUAUUACUGAAGUUCUUGGUUUAUUUUGAAAGGCGAAACAAUGGCUGACGCGGAAGGUGAGACGGUGGCAAAGACUCCCAAGCAGCUGGAGAAAGAGGCGAAGAAGUUAGCCAAGCUUGAAAAAUUCAAGGAAAAGCAAGACAAGAAAAAGUCGGACACCAGCCAACCAGCCAAGGAGAAGGCUGUGAAAAAAGAAAAGGUGAAGAAGGCGCCUAUGGAGGCUGCAAUGUAUGAUGUCCCGACAGCAGAGGGUGAUAAAAAAGACACAAGCAAUGCGAUGCCGUCCGCUUACAGCCCCCAAUACGUUGAGGCUGCCUGGUACCCGUGGUGGGAGAAGCAGGGCUUCUUCAAGCCUGAGUACGGAAGAGACCUCAACGUCGCCAACCCAAAAGGCAACUUUGUCAUGGUGAUCCCUCCGCCAAACGUGACUGGUUCACUUCACUUGGGACAUGCUCUGACCAAUGCCGUGGAAGAUGCAAUCACGAGAUGGAACCGAAUGAACGGAAAAACCACCUUGUGGGUGCCUGGUUGUGACCACGCCGGCAUUGCGACGCAGGUUGUCGUCGAAAAGAAGCUCUGGAGGGAGAGCAAAACCACCAGAUAUGAUUUGGGCAGGGAAAAGUUUGUCAGCAAAAUCUGGGAAUGGAAAAACGAAAAGGGUGACCGAAUUUAUCACCAAUUGAAGAAGCUUGGUUCCUCAUAUGACUGGAGCCGCGCUCGCUUUACAAUGGACCCAGACUUGUGUAAAGCGGUGACGGAAGCGUUUGUGCGUCUGCACGAAGAAGGCGAUAUCUACCGCAGCAGCCGACUGGUCAACUGGUCAUGCACUCUCAAGUCAGCCAUCUCAGACAUCGAGGUGGACAAGGUGGAGCUGCCUGGCCGCACCUUGCUGUCCAUCCCUGGCUACGAUGAGAAAGUCGAGUUUGGCGUGCUUGUCAACUUCGCCUACAAGAUUAUUGGUGGCGGCGAUGGGCCUGACGGAGAAGUGGUGGUUGCCACCACGAGAGUGGAGACCAUGCUUGGCGACACGGCCGUCGCUGUCCAUCCUGAGGACCCCAGGUACAAGCACUUGCACGGAAAGUUCAUCCAGCAUCCCUUCUGCAACAGGAAGAUUCCUAUUGUCUGUGAUGAAUUUGUUGACCGCGAAUUUGGAUCAGGUGCCGUGAAGAUCACUCCUGCCCAUGAUCCAAACGAUUAUGAAGUUGGGAAGCGGCACAACCUGCCAUUCAUCACCAUUUUCAGUGAUGAAGGAAUAAUCAUUGGAGACUACGGCGAGUUCACUGGUAUGAAGCGAUUUAACUGCAGGAGGGCAAUACUGAAGAGGUUGGAGGAGAAUGGUGUGUACCGAGGUACCCAGGACAAUCCCAUGGUGGUGCCAAUGUGCAGCCGCUCCAAAGACGUCGUUGAGCCGCUUAUAAAGCCGCAGUGGUAUGUGAAGUGCAGCACCAUGGCGCAGAAAGCGAUUGAGGUGGUGAAAAAUGGUGACCUGAAAAUCAUCCCGGAGAACCACACCAAGACCUGGUUCCACUGGAUGGAGAACAUCAGAGACUGGUGCAUUUCCAGGCAGCUCUGGUGGGGACACCGAAUUCCUGCCUAUCAGGUCUUCCUCAGUGAUGGAUCCAAAGCCACGGAGGAUGGAAUCGAAAUCUGGGUUAGUGGGCGAACGCAAGAAGAGGCUUUUGCAAAAGCUUCUGCCAAGCUGGGCCACAAGAACAUAAAACUGGAACAGGACCCUGAUGUACUAGACACUUGGUUCUCCUCUGGCCUCUUCCCAUUCUCCGUGAUGGGUUGGCCUGAAAAGACUCAGGAUUUGGAGCUUUUCUACCCAAACUCGCUUCUGGAAACCGGCCAUGACAUCAUUUUCUUCUGGGUGGCUAGAAUGGUUUUCUUUGGUCAGCGACUUCUAGGAAAACUGCCUUUCAAGGAGGUGUUCUUGCACUCAAUGGUGAGAGAUGCUCACGGCCGCAAAAUGAGCAAGUCUCUAGGCAAUGUCAUUGACCCAAUGGAUGUGAUCACUGGAAUUUCCCUUGAGGAUCUGCACAAAACGCUUGAAGGCAGCAACUUGGACCCCAAGGAGAUUGACAAGGCUAAAGCUGGUCAAAAGCAAGAUUACCCAAACGGCAUUCCUGAAUGUGGCGCUGACGCCAUGCGUUUUGCUCUCUGUGCCUACUUGGGCCAAGGCCGAGACAUCAAUUUGGACAUUCUUCGUGUGCAGGGAUACCGUUUCUUCUGCAACAAAUUGUGGAACGCUGCCAAGUUCUCUCUGUCUCACUUCAGUUCUGACUUCAAACCAGUGGCUGUGAGUGCCUUUACAAAUUCUAUGGCUGGUGAUGGUGGUGGUAGCAAUCUCUCUACACAAACUCUAAGCCUGCUCAAGCAAUUUGGCCAGCAGAAAAUUAAAAACUUCGCUCAGCUUGAUGAGUUUUUUGCUGACCACAGCUACAUCAAAGGAUUUAGCCACUCCAAAUGCGACGAGCAACUUUUGAACUCUCUUUCUAACGCUCCCAGCAACUAUUUGCACCUCAGUAGGUGGAUUCAACACGCUCAAAGUUUCGCAGAGGCUGGCAUGGCCAAGUCUUCUACUGGAUGCGAUUUGAAGGAAAUUAAGAGUCUUUCACUGUCCUCAAUCGACCGUUGGAUGCUGAGCCGUGUUGCGUACGCAGUGGAGACAUGCCAGAAGGGGUUUGAGAGCUAUGACUUCCCAGCAGCCACCACAGCCUGCUACAACUUGUGGCUCUACGACCUGUGUGACGUGUAUCUGGAGUGUCUGAAGCCAGUUUUUGGAUCUGGUGACGCAAGCGCGAAAACUGCAGCCCUGAACGUGCUGCACACCACACUGGACGUUUCACUGCGACUCCUCUCACCGUUUAUGCCAUUCCUUACUGAAGAGCUUUACCAGAGGCUGCCUGGACGAGACAAAUCCUCACCUGAGAGCAUCUGUGUGGCUCCUUACCCAGAGGUUGAAAAGUGCAAUUGGCGUGAUGAGAGCAUUGAAACCGAUGUCGAGUUUACCCAGAAAAUCGUGAAGGAAAUUCGAUCAGCUAGGUCCAACUACAAUUUGCUCAACAACGUUAAGACAGAAGUUUUCAUCAAAUGUUCCGAUGCUAAACUGAAGAGCCAGAUUGAAAAGUUUGCGUUGGCUAUUGGUACAUUGUGCUACUGCAGCAAGGUUGAGUUUGAGCAAGCACCGCCAGCGAGUGGAUGUGCGAUCUUGACUGUCAGCGACAAGUGCGAGGUCCACCUUGUUUUGCAGGGCAUCAUUGAUCCAGCUAAGGAGCUGGUGAAAAUUUCUAAGAGGAGAGAGCAGUUGCAGUCCACUGUGUCGAAAAUUCAGAAGGAUAUGGACAAGGCGGAUUACCAAACUAAGGUGCCGGAAGACGUGCAGCUCUCCAACAAGGAAAAGCUCGAAGCAGCCAUUGGAGAAUUGGAGAAACUUAGUUUAGCCGAGACAACUCUUCAAGCUUUUUAAUUGAUACUACAGCUCCUAAUUUAUUUUUUCAUAUGAAAUAUUGUUUAUAAUUGGCCUGAACAGUAAAUCGCACUAGAAAUUUGCUAUGGA